AUGCACAGGACCUGGCGAAGCUGGCGCAGGAGCGAGAGCGAUCGCGACACUUUGUCGUGUCAAUGGAUGCAGCAUGUGCCAGAUCUGCCGGCGGUGCCACACUUGAGCGGCAGCAUGCUCUCGGAUCCUUCGCUGGGCAUCACGUCCCACAGCUGGGCGGAGCUCAAGGUGCUGAACCUCCACGGGCGCCAGCUGCGGCGCUUCGACGCCGAUGCCUUCCAACGCCUCCACGGCCUCGAGACCUUGCUCCUGUCCUUCAACUGCAUCGAGUCUCUCGCCGUGAUCCCUGCCUGUGGGUCAUUGACCACCCUGGAUGUGGCGCAUAACCUGAUCCACAAGGUGAACGCCUUGGUGUCUUUUCCGGCCCGGGGACUCGGGAUCCUUUUGAUCUUCUUGGAAGAAACAGUCCCAUUAGCACAAAUUAGCACCAUGGUGCUGGUCACCGUGCGGGGCCUCAGCGGCGAUGAGCUGCUGGGCCCAGUCGAGGUGGACGGCGCGGAGACCGUCGAGGCCCUUCAGCGCCGGCUGGGCGCGCUGGGUGCGGGGCCCUGGCGCUUGCUGCAGGGAGAGAAGCGCCGAGCGCAAGCCUCGCAGAGCUCGCUCUCGGAGCUGAGCGCCGCCGCGCACGCGCGGGCGGAGGAGUGCGAGCGCCGGAACGCGGCCUGGCUGGAGGAGCUGCCGGAGGCUGCGGUGCCUCGCAAGCGCCAGAAGCGAGAAGAGGACGUCGAGGAGUAUGAGCGAGCCCUGGCGCUGCUUGUGGAGCAGAUGUCGAGCAUCGCCUUGGCAAGGAGCAGGGUGGAAGCCAGCAAGGGCAAGGCGACCUAUAGGUACGACUUUCAGUUGGAAGCGCAAGGCUUCGAAUUGGGGGACAAGAUGUACUUCAGGUGCCUGCGGGACUUGCGCUGCGACCCGGUGCUGAGGGGGUGGUACUUCACUCAGAAUCUGGAGGACUUGGAUGCACCCCAACGGGUUUCAAUGGGCAACACGGUUUUCUAUGAGUGGGUUAUCAACAUUCUCCGACCGCGGAUGAUGGAUCACCUGCGGCAGAUGGAUCUCACGGUCAAGGAGGAUGUGCAGGUGUGCCACGCAUUAACGAUCCACUGGGAAGACCCAGCUGCCUGA